AUAUGGCGUGGCCUUGAGUGUUGGGUUCCAUCCGCGCCGUAAUCAGUGUAGCUCAGACCUCCGAGCCAAGUGUGCGUGUGUUGUGUUCCUCCUCGCCUUCACUCCCAAAGACUCGGCCAGAAAAAAAAGUGUUUUCGUUGGAAAAGGGAGAAUGACAUAAGACUGAACAACGCACAGUUCUUGUUUCAGGACAAGGAAGGUACAAACCGAGGUAUAAACCGUCGGUGGUGACGCUUCAGGAUGCAGCCGGACGAGGAAGGCUUCCCGGCGUCUCCUCUGGGCCCCUCGUUCCCCUCGCUCCCCUCGAGGGACGGCGAGAGCGGGGAAGUCCUCGGGGACAAGGUGGUGGCCCUGAGAAGGGCUCCCGAGGAACCUCCCCGGCGCCUGCGCCUCCGGCCGGGCGUGCCCCGGGAGAGGAACCAGCCCGGCCACUAUUCUCUGCUGAAGCAGCACCAGCAGUUCAGCGGCUUCAGGAUUCGGGACGCCUUGGCUCAGCAGGGAGGACUGAGGCUGAGGAAAGGCAGCAUGACCUACAGCAGGGGAGCCGUGCCUCUGGUGCAGCCUCAGUACCAGAUGUGUGUUCAGAUGGAGGGCGGCGUGGCCGUCCGCCAAACGGCCCUCCCGAAGGGGCCUCGGCAGUGGCACGAAGAGUGGGGCCAAGUGCGCUUUCGGCCGCCCUUCCGCGUCCCUCGGGAGAGACUGCCGGGGUCCCAGCCAACGUCACCGUCAAAUGCACUGCGAGUAAAUAUAUGGGAGGAGUUCAUAUAUGGAACAAGUACUUUGAAAAGGAAGGGACAUUAUGUUAUUAACGAAGGAAAUUCGGUUAUGAGCAAAGUCAGGACGUCACUGGAAAAGUUUUUGCCCAAACAGUUAGCAAUUAUCGUCCUGUGUGUGUUGUAUUUCCUCUUUUACUUCUUAUCCUGUUUUGCAUAUAACAAUUACUUGGAGAUUGCCUUAUAUAUAUUAUUCCACGGCCACUUAAAACUACACGAAUGUGCUUAUGAAAACAACAUUGACCUGGAUUUUACUGGGAGUCUUUUUGAGGGACCUGCAUACGCUUGGAUAAGGGGGUACUGCCAGCAUUGCAUACACAAGGACAAUAUAAAAGUUUUUGAUUGCCAAAUGAAGAAAAUGAAAAUGGACAUUAUGGCAACGAAAAAAAUCUAGGAGAGGAUAGGUCUGCCUCCAGUGAAAUCAGCAGCAGGGGAUAAAGUGUUGAUUUGUGAUAUGCAACUUCUGUGUCUCUGUUGAUAU